AGGGCUUGUUGCUAGUCCCCCACUCUCCGAGAAUGACGUCGACAUGUCCACCUUUAUCGUCUUCGUUGAAGAGAGGCAACUCUUCAGUGACAAGAGAAGAGGAAACUUUGAUUAUUACACCGUUAGGAGCAGGAAGUGAAGUAGGUCGGUCUUGUGUUUACAUGUCCUACAAAGGGAAAACUGUUUUGUUUGAUUGCGGGAUUCAUCCUGCUUAUUCGGGAAUGGCUGCUCUUCCAUACUUCGAUGAAAUUGACCCGUCUACCAUUGAUGUGCUGCUUGUCACUCACUUUCAUUUGGAUCAUGCUGCUUCUCUUCCAUACUUUCUGGAGAAGACCACUUUUAAGGGGAGAGUUUUCAUGACACAUGCAACUAAGGCUAUUUAUAAGUUGCUUUUGACUGACUAUGUUAAAGUCAGCAAAGUUUCUGUUGAAGACAUGUUGUUUGAUGAGCAAGACAUACUACGCUCCAUGGAUAGAAUUGAGGUUGUUGAUUUUCAUCAAACUUUAGAAGUAAACGGUAUCCGGUUUUGGUGCUAUACUGCUGGCCAUGUUCUUGGUGCAGCCAUGUUUAUGGUGGACAUAGCUGGUGUGAGGGUCCUUUAUACUGGUGACUAUUCACGUGAGGAAGAUCGGCAUCUCAGAGCAGCUGAACUUCCAGAGUUCUCGCCCGACGUUUGCAUUAUUGAAUCUACUUAUGGGGUUCAACUUCACCAGCCACGACCUGCCCGUGAAAAGAGAUUCACAGAUGUCAUUCACGCUACAGUUUCCCAAGGAGGGCGUGUUCUAAUACCUACAUAUGCCCUUGGGCGUGCUCAAGAGCUCCUUUUGAUCCUUGACGAGUAUUGGUCAUCUCAUCCCGAGCUUCACAAUAUCCCCAUAUAUUAUGCUUCCCCUCUGGCAAAGAGAUGCAUGGCUGUCUACCAAACCUACAUUAACUCGAUGAAUGAGAGGAUCAGAAAUCAGUAUGCCAAUUCAAAUCCUUUUGAUUUCAAGCACAUAUUACCACUUAAGAGCAUAGAGAAUUUCAAUGACGUGGGCCCAUCGGUGGUGAUGGCGAGUCCUGGUAGCCUUCAAAGUGGAUUAUCAAGGCAGCUCUUUGAUAGAUGGUGCUCUGAUAAGAAAAAUACUUGUGUCAUACCAGGUUAUGUAGUGGAAGGGACUCUGGCAAAAACCAUUAUAACUGAACCCCCAGAAAUCACUCUCAUGAAUGGAUUGAUGGCUCCUCUGAAUAUGCAGAUCCAUUACAUUUCCUUCUCUGCUCAUGCUGAUUAUGCCCAGACCAGCACUUUCUUGAAAGAGCUUAUGCCUCCCAACAUAGUCCUUGUUCAUGGAGGAGCUAACGAGAUGGGAAGACUAAAACAGAAUCUUAUCUCCCUCUUUGCUGGCACUAACACCAAAAUCAUGUCACCUAAGAAUUGCCAGUCCAUUGAAAUGCAUUUCAAUUUGGAGAAAAUGGCGAAAGCAAUUGGAAAGCUAGCUGAGACGGUUCCAGAGCUAGGUGAAACCGUCAGUGGUCUCUUGGUAAAGAAGGGUUUCACUUAUCAGCUCAUAGGCCCUGAAGAAGAUCUUCAUGUAUAUUCUCAGCUAUGUUCAACAAAUAUCAUACAAAGGAUUACCAUUCCAUACUCGGGUGCCUUUGCGGUAAUCAAAUACAGGCUGAAGCAGAUAUACGAUAGUGUUGUUGAAUCAUCUGUGGAUGACGAGGUGGAGGCAGGGUUUCCUACUUUAUCUGUGCAGCAAAGAGUGACAGUAAAGCAGGAUUCUGAAAAACAUAUAUCACUUCAUUGGACAACUGAUCCUAUUAGUGAUAUGGUAUCAGAUUCGAUUGUGGCUUUAGUACUAAAUAUUAGCCGAGAGAUGCCUAAAGUUGUGGAAACUGAAUCCUCGGAACUGAGUGAAGUGGAAAAUAAGAAAAAGGCAGAGAAAAUCUCCCACGCCCUUCUUGUUUCAAUAUUUGGUGAUGUGAAGGCUGGGGAGAAUGGUAAGCUAGUUAUCAGAGUUGAUGGAAAGAUGGCACAACUCGAUAAAGUCAGUGGCGAAGUUGAAAGUAACGAUGUUAAUCUAAAGGAACGAGUAAGAGUAUCAUUCAAUCGUAUUCAAUCUGUGGUCAAUCCAAUCCCGUUCUCUGCAUAGGAUUUGAUUUUCAUCCUUGUAUAUAUUACUUUUCAUCUUCUGUGUUUAUGUUAUUAUGGUUUUCUUCUUC